UAGUUUGGGAGGGGUGGGGGUUAUAAUGUGUUUGACACGUGAAGUUUCAGCGAAGGCUUCCGAAUGUGUUCGAACUUAUAUAUUUUCAUGUUUUAUUCACUUCGUAUGGUGUGGAUUGGUUUAAGGGCGACUCUGGAUUAAGAAACGUACACCCUGGUAUUCGAUGAAACCGCGCACUGAAGUUCCAACUGGAAAGCUAUCGGGUCUUGCGGAUUUCUGGUUAAAGAAGCGAGGAAUGAGGGUGAAUAUUUUUAAGUGCAUAGGCUAUCUUUAAUUCUACGCGAGACUGUGGACGUGGAGUACUGCAGACACCAUGGCGGCCCAGGGCGACUCUUUGAGCGGCUACAUGCAACAGUCGGACCCGGGCUCAAAUAGCGAAUGCAGCGCAGACUCUCCGGUCCCGGGCGGCGAGGAUGACUGCAGCGGACCGCCGGCUCCUCCAGACCCGGAGUGGACUGAAGAGCGAUUUCGCGUGGAUCGUAAGAAACUGGAAGUCAUGUUAUUAGCUGGCACGGAGGGGCAGAUCAACGGAGGAGAAGAUUUCUUUCAGAAGGUUAUGGAGGAAACAAAGACCCAGAUUGCCUGGCCUUCGAAAUUGAAGAUUGGUGCCAAGUCUAAAAAAGAUCCACACAUCAAAGUCUGCGGAAAGAAGGAGAGAGUGAAGGAGGCCAAAGAGAAGAUCAUGUCUGUCCUCGAUGCAAAAGGCAGCCGCGUCACGCUGAAGAUGGACGUGUCCCACACAGAGCACUCCCACGUCAUCGGGAAAGGAGGCAACAACAUCAAGAGGGUGAUGGAAGAAACAGGCUGCCACAUCCACUUCCCCGACUCCAACCGCAACAACCAGGCGGAGAAGAGCAACCAGGUGUCCAUCGCAGGCCAACCAGCUGGGGUGGAGACAGCCAGAGUUAAAAUCAGGGAGCUCCUCCCCCUGGUGCUGACGUUCGAGCUCCCGCCGAUGGUCCAGCCGGACCCGGGCUCCCCCGCGGUGCAGCACAUCUCCCAGACCUACGGCAUCUCCGUGUCCUUCAAGCUGCGGUCCCGCCUGUACCGCACCACAGUUACGGUCAGGGGCUCGCAGGACAACGCCGCCGCGGUCAAGACGGGGACCGCGCUGCUGCUGGAGCACCUGACGGGGGGCCUGGGCGGGGCUGUUUCGGUGAGCACCCACCUGGACAUCGCGCCCCAGCACCACCUCUUCCUGAUGGGCCGCAACGGCGGCAACGUGCGGCACGUCACCCAGAGCACCGGCGCCCAGCUGCACUUCCCCGACCCCAGCAGCCCGCACAAGAAGUCCGCCGUCUACCUCCAGGGCUCGGUGGAGUCCGUCUGCCUGGCACGCCAGCAUCUCAUGGGCUUUCUUCCCCUGGUCCUGAUGUUUGACAUUAAGGAGGACAUGGAGGUGGAGCCGCAGUGCCUGACUGGUCUGAUGGAGCGGCUGGACGUCUUCGUCAGCAUCAAGGCCAAGGUCAAACAGCCCAGCAAGACGGUGAUCGUGAAGAGCGUGGAGAGGAACGCCAUGAACAUGUACGAAGCCCGGAAGGUUCUGCUGGGCCUGGAGCACAGCGGGGUGCCCGUACCCCAAAACAGCAGCCCGCCCCCCCUGGCCUGCACUGCGGGACUGGACAUCCUGGCCUCAGCCGGUCUGGGGCUCACCAGCCUGGGCCUCGGUGCUCCCAGUGGGGGGGGCUCCUCUACCCCCAGCCUCCUCCUCACCCCCCUCAGAAGCUCAGCGAGCCCCCUGCAGCCCCCUGCGCCCAGCCCCGCCCCCCAACGCCACGCCCCGUCCAGCCCCGCCCUGUGGGCCGGCCCCCUCAGCACCCCGCCCAGCACUGCAGGCUUGUCAUCCCAGCUGAUGAUGCACCCGGCCGCCCAGGCCACUCUGAGGACCCUCCUCCUGACGGGGGCCCAGGGCUACGCCCGCAGCGCCCCCUCCCCUCCCCCCGGCCUGGCCCCCAUCGACACGCAGGCCAGCAGCCUGCCGGACUGCGGGAAAACAGCCCGCUCUCUCAACGGCCACAUCAAACACCCCUGCUCGGUUUACGGCAGAAUGUCUUCGACGUCGCUGGCGGACCAGGUCCUAAGCCCCUCCCACAGCGACCCGGCGCAGGACGCCGGCGGUCACUGUCCCGCCGAGCCGCGGUCCGGCAAGUCCGGAUCCGACCAAGGCUCAGACACGUUCGUGGAGGUGGGGAUGCCCAGGAGCCCGUCACACUCGGCCAGCAGCGGCGAGCUGAAGAAGAUGCUGCCUUCCUGUCAGACCACCGGCGGGAGCCGCCAUUCCGUGGAGCUCCGACAGGGACCCCACAACCCCCACCUGCACUCCGACCGGCUGCUCUCAGACGCGGAGGCGAGCCGCGCGGAGAGCCCGAUGGCGGAUAAGCGGGCGCCAGGCAGCGAGAGGGCGGCGGAGAGAGCGGCGCAGCAGAGCUCAGACAGACUCCGCCUCGCACCACAGGCCUCCUUCAUCAGCAUGGAGGCGUUCGAUUAUGAACACAAAAAGCUAUUAGCAACCAAAGCCAUGCUGAAGAAGCCCGUGGUGACGGAGGUGCGGACCCCCACCAACACCUGGAGCGGCCUGGGCUUCUCCAAGUCCAUGCCUGCGGAGGCCAUCAAGGAGCUGCGCCGAGCCAAUCACGUGCCCUACAAGCCGACCAUGAGCACCACCUACGAGGACUCCCCCCUGCCCCUGUCAAACACCCUCGAGGGCGUGGCGGGGGCGGCGGGCAGCGACUCAGACAACUGGAGGGACAGGAAUGGCGGGGACCUCAGGGGCCACUCCGAAUUUGCGGCAUCCGUCGGCAGCCCCAAGAGGAAGCAGACCAAAUCAGUGGAGCUCUACCUGAGCAGCAGUAACUACAUGGACUGCGUCUCCUCAGCCAUGGGCUCCAACGGCUGCAGCCUGAGCUCCUCGGCCAAGGGUUCGGACCUGCCCGAGCUGUUCAGCAAACUGGGCCUGGGGAAGUACACCGACGUCUUCCAGCAGCAGGAGAUCGACCUGCAGACGUUCCUGACGCUGACGGACCCAGAUCUGAAGGAGCUUGGCAUCACCACGUUCGGUGCUCGGAGGAAGAUGCUGCUGGCUAUUUCAGAAUUAAAUAAGAACCGGAGGAAACUCUUUGAGGCUCCGAACAUCCGCUCCUCCUUCCUGGAGGGAGGGGCUAGCGGACGGCUGUCCCGCCAGUUCCACUCCGACAUGGCCAGCGUCAGCGGCCGCUGGUAGGCCUCUUGGACCCCCCCCCACCACCCACCCACCCCCCCCACCUCCAGCUGUGACGGUCUGAGUCACGAGCGCCAUGGUAACCCUGCUUGACACUCUUGAGUCCCAUUCCUGGCCAACUAACCAAAGGUGACCAAAGGAAUAAAGAAGCCAAAUAGACGAGGAGGAAGACGAGGGCUCGCUGGCCUGUGGUGGAUCGGAGAGGCACCUGCAGGACGAGGGAAUCCCAGGAGGGAACAGUCGCUGCUACUCCUGUAAAGCCAUGCACCGAGCAGCCAGCGGGACUCUGCUGAAGCCAUGUGCAGUCUUAGCUGUUUAUAUUAGGCCUGUGCACUUUAGGAACACUUGAUUCCUUGCCCCUUGGAAGGGUUUUUUUUUUGGGGGGUGGGGGUGGAUCUGCUGACCAAUAGAGCUUGGAUACCAAGUCAAAUACAAGCACUGCGUGGUGUGUGUGUGUGUGUGUGUGGAGCAGCAGGUGCUGAACAUCAUUUGAAAUCCCAGCGUUAUCAGGAGUGGACAGACGUGGGGUAGAGAUCUGACUCUCAGCAGGUAUUGGUCUGUGUUGCCGUGCUGCAGAACAACCUGUUGCCUGUCUGACACGCAUCUCUUUGGUUUGUGUCUGAAUUUUCUGUGCUAACAUCAAUUUGAAUGUCACUUUUUGUUUAAAACAUUUAAAAUUUUUAUUUUACCUUUUUUUUAUGAGAGGCUAGGUUGUGUUGGGCCCAGAAUCAGUUCAACUGCAUUGCACCUAAAAUUGUAUUUAAAAUUUUUUUCCCCAUUUUUUAUCAAAUUAUUUUUUUAUUUCAUUACAAGUGAUCACUGAUUGUGAUGGUGUGAGGAGCAAAAAAAAACUGUUACAAUGUAUAACAUAAAGUUGAAAACACAAGGUGCUGCAGUUAUAAUUAUUUUAGGGCCUUGGUGUUGUCAGUUUUUUUUUUUUCCUUCUGACGAUGACGUAUUGAGAAUUAGAAACGGAACGAGGUGCGUCAGUGGGGGGCUUGUUGGGGGACUGAUUGUCUGUGGGACCCUCACUGCCGUCCAUAAGGCCCCUACGCCGUGUUAUCCUUACCGCCUAGUCUCCAGGCAACCAGCCGCUGUGGCCGGAGUGUUGCUGCGAAACCCGCUAGCGCUGCGGGGCAGGCUGCGGCGGUGUUCUCUUCGGUAGUCACUGAGACAGGCUCAGCCGCUCCCGUGGCUAUCCAUCUGCUGCUCUCCUGUUUUCUGAAAACAGCCAGUCUGCGGAGCGCGUAGCUAAACCUGCCUUCUGUGUUAAUGUGUGAAGUAUGCCUUCCGCGUUAACACGGAGGAGAUAAAGCCCUUCACAUUGUUAGACUUGGUGGGCAGCCGCACACAGACAUGGAUGAAAUGCGCUGAAACCACGCACGCAUUCCUCAUACUCCAUUUUGUGUGUGUCUGGAAUGCUAGUUUAAGUGCCUGUUAUGCUUACGUGAUCAUUGGAGACUCCGGCUGAAGGGUAAACUAUCAGGACCCAGGGUAAGCAGUGUUUAUAAGACGGAUGUGCCGGCCUAUAUCGCCAUAGAAACAUUUACAGGGACUUCUGUGACUCAUCACUGAGUUCCUUGCAUGUGCAGUGCGUAUAUCAGGUCAUUUCCUGUCUUGUCUUCUAAAAGACAGGAAGUGGCGGCUGGCACAGCUCAAGCUCACAAGGAAUGCAGACAAAGUCUGCAACAUGUGCACACUAACAGAAACAAAAACCAGGUUUGUGUGUUAAGAUACAGGUAAAUAGUUUUUAUUGUAUUUAUCGUUUAUGUUAUUCAAUAGCUGGACUGGACAGUUCUGUCUACAAUCUGAAAAACCGCAGAAUUCCUGUUCGGUUUCAUCUGUGAUCGUCUGAAUAGGGCCAUUCCUGUCCAGAAUCUGUGUUUCUUUCAUGGCCCAAGGUUUCUGCUAAUCUUUUGCCGAAAUUCUGCAAUCCACUGGGGAUGGAAUGACUAUGGUGAGAGAACCAGGUAUAAUGGUGUACAGAAAGCAUUAUUCUUGUGUUUUUUUUUUAAAUAUAUAAAAUGUGCCUUUGCCAAAAUAGUCUUCUAAUCCAUCAGUUGACAGUUUUAUAUUCUGAAUGAUCUUACAGGUUUCCCUGAUUAGCUUUACGUUUUACCAUUAUUUUUUUCCAAAGAUAAUCAACUGUACAAUGUUUUAUAGGGAUACAAAGGGAGACGUGAAGACUGUGCACUGCGUUCAGAUGGCAGGAUGUUUAAAAUUCAGCCGACACCGAAGUAUUGUUACUUUAACUAUCGUUUGUAAUGUGUGUAAACCUGUGUGGUGUAAUCAUCUCCACAAAUACGAAUGUUAAGUAUUGUUUCUAGUGAGAGAAAAUAGAUACAGUUUUAAUAGAACUGCACAAAAGAGUGACCUUAAUCUGGUCCGUUUUGCUGUGGCUGUUGAGCUGAAGAGCACAUUAAUUGUUGGCCUCUUGCAGCCCAAUUGUUCAAAUGUACGUGUUGUGUUUCAUUUCUGUUAGUGAAAUAAAUCUCCCUACUGUAUAGGGACCAAAUAAUGGUAGGCCACUUUAUCUAAAGUGACUUUAUUGGGAUGUGUUCCAGCUGUGAUUCUGUUGUAGAAUUCAUUAUGACCGACCCCUCCCCCCCCCCAAAGAGGAGGAUUCUGGGAAAGGUUCAUGUUUGUGUUUAGUUUUUUUUUCCGGACCUUGCCACAGUUAAGCAGCACUGAAUGGCAUUAGGAAUGCCUCGUUUAGUGAAGGACCACUUUUUUUUUUUUUUUUGAGAAGGACACGGGGCACAUAUGGGGGACCCCCGGAAAGGUGGGCUUGUGGCUGUGGCAGGGGUGCUUCUGAAAGCAGAUCUGCGCACAAGACGCCUGGGUCAGCCGCCCAAGCCUCACUUAGCCCAGGGGACUGCGGUCCUGCUCCUGGAGAGCCACAGGCUCCGCUGGCUUUUGUUGUUACCCUACACUUAAUUAACCAAUCAGAGCAGCCGAUUACACAGUUACCUCACUUCACCGGGUUACAUGGGUCUGAAUCCGAUGCUGAUUUUAGGGUGAAAACAGAAAGCCAGUGGAGCAUGCGGCUGCCCUGGACCAGGGUUAUUGACCCCAAAUCAGUCAGUGACCAAUGAGGGCAGACUGCCUGAGGAUGACACUCGGAUGAAGCCGUAUUCUGUGGUGUCUGUGCGCUCUAAAACGAUGAGCUUUUUUUGUGUUAACGAAAGUUUGUAAACUCAUUGAAUAUUUAGCUCCAGGUUUGGUGCCUUAUUAUAAAAUAAUAAACCAGUAGGAAGUUC